CUCUCAUAUGAACAUGUUAGGAAAUAAGCAAAUUUUGUUUUCGUUCUUUUUUCUUAGCCUUCUCGUCAUAUUUGUAAAUGGGAACAACAUUGGCGAUAAAGCUUUUAAAACUACCUUAAUAAAGACUAUUUUGGGAGAUGCAAGCCCACAACCGUCUACUAUGGAGUAUGAUAAUCCUCAUCAUGAUGCCAAGUUAAGAGUUGUAAAUGGGAACAACAUUGGCGAUAAAGCUUUUAAAACUACCUUAAUAAAGACUAUUUUGGGAGAUGCAAGCCCACAACCGUCUACUAUGGAGUAUGAUAAUCCUCAUCAUGAUGCCAAGUUAAGAGUUGUAAAUGGGAACAACAUUGGCGAUAAAGCUUUUAAAACUACCUUAAUAAAGACUAUUUUGGGAGAUGCAAGCCCACAACCGUCUACUAUGGAGUAUGAUAAUCCUCAUCAUGAUGCCAAGUUAAGAGUUGUAAAUGGGAACAACAUUGGCGAUAAAGCUUUUAAAACUACCUUAAUAAAGACUAUUUUGGGAGAUGCAAGCCCACAACCGUCUACUAUGGAGUAUGAUAAUCCUCAUCAUGAUGCCAAGUUAAGAGUUGUAAAUGGGAACAACAUUGGCGAUAAAGCUUUUAAAACUACCUUAAUAAAGACUAUUUUGGGAGAUGCAAGCCCACAACCGUCUACUAUGGAGUAUGAUAAUCCUCAUCAUGAUGCCAAGUUAAGAGUUGUAAAUGGGAACAACAUUGGCGAUAAAGCUUUUAAAACUACCUUAAUAAAGACUAUUUUGGGAGAUGCAAGCCCACAACCGUCUACUAUGGAGUAUGAUAAUCCUCAUCAUGAUGCCAAGUUAAGAGUUGUAAAUGGGAACAACAUUGGCGAUAAAGCUUUUAAAACUACCUUAAUAAAGACUAUUUUGGGAGAUGCAAGCCCACAACCGUCUACUAUGGAGUAUGAUAAUCCUCAUCAUGAUGCCAAGUUAAGAGUUGUAAAUGGGAACAACAUUGGCGAUAAAGCUUUUAAAACUACCUUAAUAAAGACUAUUUUGGGAGAUGCAAGCCCACAACCGUCUACUAUGGAGUAUGAUAAUCCUCAUCAUGAUGCCAAGUUAAGAGGUGUAUGUGUACCACUUCCAUCAUCACAUUGUAAAGGAACAGAUGGAGCUUGUUAUUGUUGUAUUGGUCCAAAUAUGAAUAUAUGCAUAAGAGGACUUAGUUUGUGUAAUACUAUAUGUUCUUAAAACAUGAGUAGAUAAUUUUUUUAUAUGUAAGUUACUCAUUUUCAAAAUAAAAUUCAAC